AUGUCGGGGAGCGAGGGGAGGAAGACGGCGUGCGUCACCGGAGGGAGCGGCUACAUCGCUGCAGUUCUCAUCAAGCUGCUGCUCGAGAAAGGCUACGCGGUUAAGACGACGGUCAGAGACCCCGAUGACAUGGAAAAGAACUCCCACCUCAAAGAUUUGCAAGCGCUUGGCCCCUUGGAGGUCAUCGGUGCCCAACUGGACGUGGAAGGAAGCUUCGACGAAGCGGUUUCUGGCUGCGACUACGCCUUCCUUGUCGCUGCCCCAAUGAACAUCGAUGCAGCAGAUCCUGAGAAGGAUAUGAUCGAAGCCGCCGUCCAAGGAACUCUCAACGUGAUGAGGUCGUGCGUGAGAGCUGGGACGGUGAAACGGGUGAUCCUGACGUCGUCGGACGCCGCGGUGUCCAGAAGGCCGUUGCACGGUGGCGGCCACGUGCUGGACGAGGGCUCAUGGUCCGACGUCGAGUACCUCAGAACAAACAAGCCACCAAUUUGGGCGUAUGCCGUCUCGAAGGUGCUUCUGGAAAAGGCGGCGAGUGAAUUCGCGGAGGAGAACGGCGUCAGCCUCGUCACCGUGUUGCCCGUGUUCACCUUGGGUGCGGCGCCGCUCUCCAAGGCCAAAACCAGCGUCCCCCUCACCCUCUCCCUGUUGUCCGGCGACGAGACAUUCCUGAACAUGCUGAUAGGCCUGCAAUUGAUCACCGACUCCAUGGCGAUAAGCCACGUUGAAGACCUAUGCCGCGCCAAGGUGUUCGUGGCCGAGAACGAGUCCUCCUCCGGCAGGUACAUCUGCUGCAGCCACAACACUACAGUUCUGCAGCUCUCCCGUUUCUUGAAAGAGAAGUAUCCACAAUACAAUGUGCAACCUGAACGCUUUGAUGGAUCCCCGGAGAAGCCCAAAGUGUGCCUGUCUUCUGAGAAGCUCAUCGGGGAAGGGUUCGUGUUCAAGUAUAAUGACCUGGGUGAGAUAUUUGACAACCUCGUCGAGUAUGGCAGGACAACAGGGAUUCUUCCCUACUGA